GAUGUUGCGAUCGUUCCACGAUAUUUGAUUGGCUCAUGAACGUCUGGAAAACGAUUUUACGAACACUAGCAUGCCAUGUGGAUUAUUUGAGAAGAACGAGAACCUCAAAAUGAUUCUCACAGAGCUUGACGUUCCCACAGAAGGUGUUAGACAUGUACAGGAUGAAACUACUGCCUAUGUAGAGGGUACCAACCAGGGGAACGGCUCGUUGUACAUCACUGAAAGUUUGUUGACAUGGAGAAGCAGUAACGGACAAGGAUUUUCUCUGCAGUAUCCCGCCAUUAGUCUUCACGCGGUCUCCAGAGACCUGGCUGCGUUCUCUCAGGAGUGUUUGUAUCUAAUGGUGGAUGGAAAAUUAACAGGAGACACAGACACAGGUCAUAGAUCAUCAGGGGAAGAGGAAGUCAUUGGUCCUUUUGAGGGGGACACACCUACCACAGAGAUCCGAUUCGCACCGUCUGACAAGGGGUGUUUGGAUGCCAUGUUUAAUGCUAUGUCUGACUGCCAGACCCUACACCCUGACGAACAGGACACAGACUCAGAAACAGAGGAUUUUGAAGUGAAUUACUAUGAGGGGGAAGAGGGCGAGGAGAACUUGACCCCUGAGGGACAAAGGACAUUAGAACAUCUAGAGAACUUGCUCAUAAAUGGACAGGGAGAUGGACAGAACCGCCAGACUAGUAAUGGUAACGAUGGAGACCACAUGGAGGAGGAACAGUUCGCCGAUGCUGAUGACAUGCAGUGAGGACAGGGCAGAGAACCAGAUAACAGAACCAGCUUUCACAGACAAGAUAACACCACCUCCUGUAGGGAACUAUAGUGUAUUGUGAUCAUGUAUCCAAGGUGAGAGACGAUUGGUGGAUUUGUACCUUCUUACAACAAGGCAGAGUAUGCAGAAUCCACAGAUUCUAUCAGUGUUUUUUUUUUUUUUUUGGUCAUCAAGGAACAUUGCUUAGCUAAUGAUCUGCUGCCAGACUUGAUUCGUGUACAUACGAGAUCUGUGUAUUGAUAGAAUAUGUUGGCAGCUUGUUGUCGUAAUAAUUGUAAAUAUGUCAUACAUUACCAUAAAAAGUUGAAAUCUGAAAAUAAAAACAACAAAACAU